UCCUUCCUUGUUCCGUUUUUAGUCCAAAAACGUCUCUCUCCCGGAUUACAAUAACCAGUCAGCAAUUAUUUCCUUCUUCGUUUUCAGCUCCUUUUAUUGCAAUCUGUAUCUGUCAUCUAGUCAAACUCUGAAUCUUAUUAAAGACCGCAACUUGGUCUUCUUUGUUCUUUUGUUCAAAGACAGUUGCAGAAAGCAAAACCAUGGUUCAGAGGAGUUCUUGCAUACGCAAGCUGGUUCAAUCCUUGCGAGCUGCUUCUUCUUCAUCUAAGCUUGCAGAUUACCGUGGGCUCACUUCUCAGGCUGCGUCUUCUCUGCCAGCAGGAAGUCAACCAUCUGUUUACAGUGACGAUGAGUACGCUGCUGUGGAUUGGGAUAAACUUGGUUUCGGUCUGACGCCAGCUGAUCACAUGUACGUUAUGAGAUGUUUCAAAGACGAGAAUUUUAGAGGAGGACAGCUCAGUCGAUAUGGCAAUAUCGAAUUAAGCCCUUCAGCAGGGGUCUUAAAUUAUGGACAGGGCAUAUAUGAAGGUACGAAAGCUAACAGGACAGAAGAUGGACGCAUUCUUCUGUUCCGUCCAGAGCAAAAUGCAGCUCGCAUGAGGCGUGGCGCUGAACGAAUGUGCAUGCCAUCUCCCUCCAUUGAACAAUUUGUUGAUGCAGUGAAAGAAACUGUGUUAGCUAACAGGCGUUGGGUUCCUCCCCCAGGAAAAGGGUCAUUGUAUGUUAGGCCUCUGCUUUUGGGGAGUGGUCCUAUAUUAGGUUUGGCACCAGCCCCGGAAUAUACAUUUCUUAUUUACGCUUCCCCUGUCCGCAACUACUUCAAGGAAGGUACUGCACCUUUGAACUUAUAUAUUGAUGAAGAAUUUGUUCGGGCUUCUCCUGGUGGAGCAGGAGGCGUGAAGACAAUCACAAACUACGCUCCAGUGCUGAAAGCAAUAGCCAGAGCAAAAAGCAGAGGAUUUUCUGAUGUCCUGUACCUGGAUGCCGUGAAUAGGAAAUAUCUGGAGGAGGUCUCCUCUUGUAAUAUUUUCAUUGUUAAGGGAAAACUUAUUUCAACCCCUGCUUCAAAUGGAACUAUUCUUGGAGGAGUAACUCGGAAAAGUAUCAUUGAGAUCGCCAGGGAUUACGGUUACCAGGUCGAGGAGCGGGCAAUUCCAGUCGAUGAAUUGGUUGAUGCUGAUGAAGUUUUUUGCACCGGAACAGCUGUUGGAGUUGCUUCAGUUGGUAGUAUUACACAUCAGAACAGAAGAAUCGAAUUCAAAACAGAGGGUAGGUUGGUCAGUCAAGAACUGUACUCGACUCUCGUGGGACUACAAACUGGCCGCAUUGAGGACAAAAAAGGAUGGACGGUCGAGAUCCAUUAAGCUCUUUAACGCUUACAAUGUCCCGUAUAUAAUUUCAGUUUAAUUUGCUCUAUUAUAUAGGAGCAGUUUGUAAAUUCCUAUCCCAUUUCCCAUCGCUGUGUAUAGGAGCAUAGGAAUAUGGUCUCCUUUCUACUCAAAUUUAAUAAUUUAUACUACAUUUGAACUGGCAAGUGGCUAUGGAUGCUAUGGCCACUAAAGAAAACUGGUAAUAGAUGUUUCUUUUCCUUUUCAUCUAAUGGAAAGUUUGGUUUGGCUUCAGCUA